CGAGACUCUUGAGUAUCGCAUCAAACAAGUUCUGUUAGGAACCAAACUCUGUUUGUUCCUCGAGCUUCACGGGAUUUGGCCCUCUGACAGCCUUGCCACGCGCCCGAUGAAGCCAUGUGGUUCCCGUCAUAGAAAUGAAACGAUCGUGGUGAAUUCUUACGCUCUGAGCUCUGUCGUCACCAACGUGAACUUUCUGGGGUAGGGCGACUGAUCUUCUGCCAACUAUAACUUCAAAUGACAUGUCGAGGAUCUCGAAUUGCGUCGUGAAAAUAUAAGUAUAUGAGAACGGCACUUCCUCAAAAUGGAUCGUCAACAGAUCAAUUAUUCAGUUUACCUAGUGACCGACUCCACUGCCGGGAUACUGGGUGACAGGGAUCUCGUCCCAGUGGUAGCUGCGGCGGUCAAAGGCGGCGCCACCAUUGUUCAACUUCGAGACAAGACAUCCGAGACAGCAGAGCUCAUCCGCAUCGCAAAGCGCUUGCAUGACGUAACGCGUGCCGCGAACAUCCCUUUGCUCAUCAACGAUCGUGUAGAUGUUGCGUUGGCAGCGGGAGUAGAGGGAGUGCAUAUCGGCCAGGAUGACAUUGACCUAGCAAGCGCGCGUCGACUUCUAGGCCAACAAGCCAUCAUUGGUGUUACCGCGAAUUCUGAAGAGGAAGCUCUCACGGCCGCGAGAGAUGGAGCGGACUAUCUGGGCAUCGGCACGGUGUUCGCAACCCCCACUAAGGACAACACGAAAUCUAUCAUUGGGACUGCAGGCGUCCGUCAAAUCCUGAUCAAGCUUGCGGAAGAAGGACUAGGCCAUGUUCGGACGGUGUGCAUCGGUGGCAUCAAUCAUUCCAACGUUCAACGUGUGCUAUACCAAACCGCUUCGGCACAGAAGAAGCUCGAUGGUGUAGCCGUGGUCAGCGCCAUCAUAGCUGCCCAAGACCCACAAGAGGCCGCAUCGUCACUCAGCCAGCUUAUACGGUCUCCACCGGCAUUCGCCGCAGCCUUCACUUCUAAGACCUCUCUAAACCGAGAUGAUAUGAUCAGAGCCGCACCACUGCUCGUGAAGCGACUCGCGGAGCAGAAACCGCUCUGCCACAAUAUGACCAAUCUCGUCGUGCAGAACUUCGCCGCCAACGUCGUCAUUGCCGUUGGUGCAUCGCCCAUCAUGUCGAACAAUGGCAACGAGGCAAGGGAUCUGGCCCAAUUAGGGGGUAGUCUAGUGGUGAACAUGGGCACCAGCACGCCCGAAGGCCGAGCAAAUUAUCUCCAAGCGAUCCGCGCUUACAACGCAGUUGGAGGCCCGAUUCUCUUUGAUCCAGUCGGUGCAGCAGCUACCCAGGACCGUCGCGAUGGCGUCCGGGAGCUGAUGGCAGGCGGCUUCUUCUCCGUGGUCAAAGGCAACGAGGGCGAGAUCCGUACUGUGGCCGGUGCCGUCGGGAUCAGCCAGCGUGGUGUGGACUCGGGCGAUGCGCAACUCUCUCUUGACCAGAGAGUAGAGCUGGUCCGAUCGACUGCUGCUCGCGAACGUAAUGUGAUCAUCCUGAGUGGACCAAUAGAUGUCGUCUCCGAUGGAGAGCGGACAGUCACGAUACGCAAUGGUCAUGAGUAUCUCGGUGAGAUCACCGGAAGCGGUUGCACGCUUGGGGCCACCGUGGCAAGUCUGUUGGCCGUGGAGCGGAAAGACGCGUUCCUUGCGGUCGUGACGGCGAUGCUGAUGUAUGAAAUUGCAGCGGAGAGAGCAGCGCCGAGGCCGGAUGUGAAAGGUCCGGGCACAUUUGUCCCAGCGUUUAUUGACGAGCUUUAUCAUAUUCGUCAGGAAAGUGUUGAAGGCAAUGGUGCAUGGGCUGCCGCGGCACAGCUUGAGUUUCGAUGAUGAUGAUGAUGAUGAUGUGCUCUUAAAGAAAGUAUUUUGAGUUCUUACCAACCUUGCUUCGUUCAGGUGUC